UGACACAGCAGUUGUCUGCUUGAAAUAUCCAAAAAAGAGAAGAAUAUUUUUUACAAUUGCUAUAAAUAAAACAUAAAACACUAAUACGAACUUUGAAUCGAAAUGCCCUCAGCAAUGCGUAACCCAUCGACGAUAUCCAAACGUUUCUCAUCAAAACUAUACCAACCAUCCAAAAUCAAUACGGCGCUAUUAUCCCCAUCAUCAUCAACGAAGUCCAUAUCGUCCCAAGAUUCAUCUUUUACACACCAUGAGAAUAACUCUAUAUAUCAGAGAUUUGAUGAAAGUAAAACAGAAUCUUAUAACAAUAAAGAAUCUGAGCAUAAUAAUGAACCUAUAGUUUUGGAACCGUCGAUUGAUAUUUUGGAAAAAUUCAUUUCCUUACCUGAUUUGGAUGAUAUCUCUGAUGACGAAUAUGUUUUUUCUAGCAAUGGAGAAGAAACGGAAGAAGAUCAUGUUGAAAUUUCGGAUGAUAUCUUAUUAGGCGAAAUACCUCCUCCUGGAGCUUUAGAGCCGAUUAUAGAUAUUGCCAGUAAGCCAGGCCUUAAAGGUUUCUUUGCUGAUCCCUUAACGGGAACUAGAUUACCCUCAAUACCAUCGGUGUCAAUUAAAGAACCAUAUGAUACAGCACUCACAUCAUCACAAGUGGACAGCGGUGAAAUCAGUUUUGAGGAGAUUCUAUCAGCUGAAAUUAAUUUAGAAUUGAAUUUAAUGCCAGAUAUAUUUGAAAAGGAGGAUAAUGAGGACUUUGAUAAAUACCAAGAGGAAGACCAAACUCUUAAUGAACUACUAGCAAUGGAAUUGUUUAAAGAGCUGCCUUUAUAUGAUAGCAGCAACGCUGGAGAACUUUUAGUCAAAGAGGAAGAAGCGAAACAUUUACGUCAGCCCAUCAUAGAAUUGCUUGAUCACCUCAUCCACCAGGCAGUUGAGUUUACCGAAAAUAUAAGUCCCAGAACUUUUUUACGAAAGCGUUUAGUCAAACGCCAGCUUAUGUUGGAACUUUUCCAAAAAACCAAAGAAUUAGAAAUCAAACAGAAUGAGCAAUCUUUUCUGAAUCUUAAAGUUGUGGAAUAUUUUCGACAUAAACAAGUUAUUCGCCCCAUCUUGCCGGAUAGUAAGAAAAACGCCCAACGAGAUGCUCAAAAAUAUUCAGAAGCUAUUCAACGCUUAGAGCAUAUGCUAGCUAAAGAAAACAAUGUAAGAGCACUGACUCAGAAGAGGAAACAAGUUUUAGAAGAUGAACUGAGGGAAACUGCAGCCAAAGGCCAAAGUGCAGUUUGCGAGUUUGAAGAUUUAAUCAAAAUGCAUUUAAUGAGCGAUUCUCGUCCAAAAUUCAAUGCGCUGAUUGAAAGACUAUUGAUUCGAAUGUCCAAGUGUAGGCAAGAAAUUAACGAGGGACGGUAUAUACUGCUCAUGAAAUUGCAUACUGAAGCCAGUCUAAACAAGAAACUAUCAAAAAUUGAAGACUUGGGAAAUGGUGUGACUAUGAAUAGUUUGAAUAACCUAGAAAACGAAACACAAAUAUUGAGCAAGAAAAUUGGAGAAAAAAACUGCGACUUAUUUAAACUCUAUACGCGUUUUAGCACUGACGUUCACAUGCUGAACCACUUUAAGGAGAAGCAGAAUAUGUUACGCAUUUCAGUCGCGGCUCAGCGUCUAGCUCUAGAAAAACUGAAGGGCCAGAAGCAAUCCUUGCGCCGAAAAAUGUGCCAAAUGAAAGUCAAAGGCAUGGGAAUAAGGGAACAAUUCAAUGAUUUAAGUUUUAAAGCUGGUCUUUUGGAUAAGCCAGCUUUAAUGUGGGAUUACGAUCAGACGUGUGUAAAGGUGGAUGAACUUCGAAAUAUCAUUACAGGACUUGGGAAACAAAUUGAGAAAUUAAAACAAAGAAUUGAAGAAUAGAGAAGGCUCGGGGCAUUUAUCCAUAAAAUGGUCCAGCAGUCCUUUUUUAAUGAUACUGUAUGAUGCACUUGUCGUUGAUAUAUUUAUGUUUAUUUUAUGUAAUCUUACAAUUAUACUUGUUGCUCCAGGUGGUAAUAUGAAAAAUACGUUAUGGUAUUUAAAUGAAUUAAAUAAAUAAUAUUUUAAUGAAAAAAAGUAAAAGCGCGUUAAGUUCGGCCGGGCCGAAUCUUAUAAACCCUCCACCAUGGAUCUUAUGUGACGUAUUCUUUGUAUGACUUAUUCAAAUAUAUAAGACCUACGUCAAGUUAAA